CGGUCCCGGCGGCUGCCUGUAUCCCGCCUUUGGCUCGGCCCCUCGCAUCCUCCUGCCUCGGCUUCCUUUUCUGCUCUCGGCGCUCCCUCCCACGGAGCCCCUUCGCCUACCUCCUGGUCCUCGUUUCCACACCCCCCCCCCACCCCCACUCAUCGUUUUCCAGCGGGGUCCAGGGAGCGCGGGCCUUCGGGAAGGGUGGGCUCGCGGCCGCGCUGGGGAUGGGCCCGGCUCCCCCAGCCCCAGACUCCCGCCCCACCCCCAGCUCGUCUCCUGCGCACAACAGUAAAGGCUGAAAAUCUGAGUCACUGCUGAGGAUCUCGGACAUGGAGUCCAGGAUGCGGCCUGCAUUGCUGCUGUCCCAUCUCCUCUCUCUCUGGUCACUGCUGUUGCUGCCCCUCCCACCGCCUGCUCAAGGUUCCUCCUCCUCCCCUCGAACCCCACCAGCCCCAGCCCGGCCCCCCUGUGCCCGGGGAGGCCCCUCAGCACCACGCCACGUGUGUGUGUGGGAGCGGGCACCUCCACCAAGCCGAUCCCCUCGGGUCCUGAGAUCACGUCGGCAAGUCCUCCCGGGCACCGCACCCCCAGCCACCCCAUCAGGCUUUGAGGAGGGUCCACCCUCAUCCCAGUACCCCUGGGCUAUUGUGUGGGGCCCUACGGUGUCUCGAGAGGAUGGGGGGGACCCCAACUCUGCCAAUCCUGGAUUUCUGCCCCUGGACUAUGGUUUUGCAGCCCCCCACGGGCUGGCUACCCCACACCCCAACUCAGACUCCAUGAGGGCUGAUGGAGAUGGGCUCAUCCUUGGAGAAGCACCUGCCACCCUGAGGCCCUUCCUGUUUGGGGGCCGUGGUGAAGGUGUGGACCCUCAGCUCUAUGUCACAAUUACCAUCUCCAUCAUCAUUGUCCUCGUGGCCACCGGCAUCAUCUUCAAGUUCUGCUGGGACCGCAGUCAGAAACGGCGCAGGCCCUCGGGGCAGCAAGGGGCCCUGAGGCAAGAGGAGAGCCAGCAGCCCCUGACUGACCUGUCCCCAGCCGGGGUCACUGUGCUGGGGGCCUUCGGAGAUUCGCCCACUCCCACUCCUGACCACGAGGAACCCCGAGGGGGACCCCGGCCCGGGAUGCCCCAGCCCAAGGGGGCACCAGCCUUCCAGCUGAACCGGAUUCCCCUGGUGAAUCUGUGAUGUCCCCCACGGUUGGGGCACCUCCAGGCAGGGGGCCAAGGGCCCGGCAUAGCCCCCAUCCUGCUGAGGGCACAGCGGCUGUGGGCGCUGCAGCUCUGCCUGGGCUCACACCUCGGGAACACUCGCUGGCCCACAGGCAAGCCCAGCUGCUCACCCUCCUUGAGGUGGGGGCCUCACUUAUCUGUGGCUUCUGGCCCCCCGUCCCCACCCUGGCACACUCACACAAGCCUUGCACACUCACCUCUCCCCUCUCAGGCCAUCGCACACUCACGCUCUUGUACAGCCAGUCUCCCCACCCACAUCCCCCCUCUGAGGAUCCCCCGUGUCCUCCCUUUUGUCUCACACUUUUCACUUCCUGGAUUCUUACUUCCUCUCCUCCCUCGUCCUGCGCUCGGCCCAUCACUCUGCGGUCAGUGGGUGUACCUCUCAUGUGCAUUUCCCGGCCCCUCGUGGUGGUGGUGUAAAUGUCGUGCUCACACUCCACUUCGUGAACACCCACGGGUGGAGUUUCUAUGUCCCCUGCAUGCUGCCCCGGAGCGGGGUGGGAGAUGAGCUGGGGACUCUUUGGGUCCCCAUCUGUCCCGGUCCCACCCCACUCCAUGUCGUGGGUUUUACCAUGUCCCCCAUCCCACUCUAAGGACUCCCUUGUGGAAAUGGGGAGUCAUGAGGCCCCCAAAACUCCUCCCUAGCCCCACUGCUAAAUUCUGUUGUCUGGAAGAUGGCUUUUGGGGAGCCUCCUGCUGCACUGCAGGAGAAAGGGGCCCCCAUUUGCCCUCCCCUGCCUCCCAAGUCCUUCUGUCUCGUCUUGUCUGUCCUGGCUGUCUGUGCGUGUCACUCUGGAACUCAGAGCCCCCUUUCCUCCCCACCGUCCCCCCCAAUCAAGUCCUCCAAUUCCCAGUCCCCCUGAGGGCCUCCCUAAUUCCACCUAGGCUGCCAGGGACCGGGGCCAGCUGGUUUAAGGCCAUCGGGGAGCUCUGCCUCCCAACCUGCCCCUCCCUCCCUCCUUGGUUCCUCCAGCUCUCCUGCCUUUUGUUCCCUCCACCCCUCAGGUUUGUCCCAACUUCUCAUGGCUUUCCCACCUUCCUUCCUUCUUUCCUCUCUUAACCUGGCUCCUAUGCUGUGAUAUAUAUUUUUGUAUUAUCUCUUUCUUCUUGUGGUGAUAAUCUUGAAUUCUUGUGGGAUGUAAGUUUCAAAAUUUUCAAAUAAAGCCUUUGCAAGAUA